CUACAUCCGACCUCAAUCCAUCCUUUCAAAAGGGCGCGUGAAAAAUGGUGUUCCAUUUAAUAACACGACGAUGUGGACGAACUUGAUUCCAUACACCAUUGCCAAAUCAAAUUUUGUUUUCACUUCACUUUCAUCUCACACUCCCUGUUACAGUUACUUAUACUCCAUCAUCUACAUGUGAUUCAGUGGAUCUCGCACGCUACCUGGCCUUUGUUCGUACUCGAGAUGGCUGUGGGCGAGCUUCUCAACAUUGAACCAUUAGAACUCAAAUUCCCAUUUGAACUUAAGAAGGAGAUCUCGUGUUCUCUUCAAUUGUCUAACAAAACUGAUAAUUAUGUCGCCUUCAAGGUCAAAACCACGAAUCCAAAGAAGUAUUGUGUUCGUCCUAAUACCGGCAUAGUUUUGCCUCGAUCACCUUGUAAUAUUAUAGUUACGAUGCAAGCACAAAAGGAAGCACCUCUUGAUAUGCAAUGCAAGGAUAAAUUUCUUCUUCAAAGUGUAAUUGCUCCCAAUGGUGCUACUGUUAAAGAUAUCACUGCAGAAAUGUUUAGCAAGGAGGCAGGACAUGUAGUUGAGGAGUGCAAAUUGAGAGUGGUUUAUGUUUCCCGACCUCAGCCAGCCUCACCGGUUCCAGAAGGUUCAGAAGAAGGGGGUUCCCCGAGGGGUUCUGCUUCUGACAAUGGUCAUUUCAGCAAUAUAGAGUCUGCUGCUGCAUUAAGAGCAUUUGGCGAAUUCCAAGAGAAACCUACAGAGGCAAAAGCUCUCAUUGCUAAGCUGACCGAGGAGAAAAAUGCUGCAAUCCAUCAAAAUAAAAAACUUCGAGAAGAAUUGGAGCUUUUGAGGCGCAAAGCUCAUAAAAGCCAAGGCGAUGUUCCCUUUAUGCUUGUAAUAUUAGUUGGCUUGAUUGGAAUUAUAUUGGGCUAUAUCAUGAAGAAGGCAUAAGGAAACCAGAAAAGGCAGUCAUACUAUGUCAAGAUUCUUUGAAAAGCAACAAAAAUGCUCGCGGAAAUCUCAGUAGAACGUAUGAAGCUUUAUGGGAUUCACAAGUCAUUUAGCUUGCAGCUUUGAGCCUUUCGUUUCUUGCAUGACUUCUUUCAAUCCUUUGCUUUUUUGGAUAUGAUCGGCUUCUGAUCAUGUACUUGGAGAACAUCUUGUAUACCACGGGUCAAAUGCAACAUCUAUGGCUUCUCAACUUGUAGCUAACAAGACAUACAUUCGCUUGAAUUAAGAUGCAAUAAUCUAGUUCAAUAAAAGACCAACAAGUUCAAUUCUUCUUGUGUAACGGAAAAGGGGUUGAAAUAAAAGCCUCAAAGAGGUUCAACAAUGAAAAACAAAAUGAAAAUCAAAUGCAAAAUGAACACAAGUGUUUAUUGAGGUAUUUUGGAUACCUCCCCCUCAAAUGUAGUUUAUUAUAUUGA